UCUCUGUGGCCGUGAUCGUCGCCGUCAGUUUCACACCAUUUUCGAUCUCCGGUCUGAUUGAUUAUAUUUAAUCAGGAGCUGUUGUUGUUACGAUGUUUCUCACGAAGUUUUUCGGGAGGAGGUUCUUGGCCGUGGCUGCAUCGACGAGAUCGGAGUCAACUACUGCAGCAGCAGCAGCUGCUUCUACUGUUAGGACUGCGAAAAACCCUCUGGAAGAGUUUUUUGAGUUCGACAGAAGCCAGGAUGAAGAUAAACCUGUUGUCUACGGUCGAGGAUGGAAAGCUUCAGAAUUGCGGCUCAAGUCGUGGGAUGAUCUUCAGAAGCUGUGGUACGUUCUUCUCAAAGAGAAAAACAUGUUGAUGACUCAGCGUCAGAUGCUUCAAGCUCAGAACAUGAUGUUUCCUAACCCUGAACGCAUUCCUAAGGUGAGGAGAUCAAUGUGCCGCAUAAAGCAUGUGCUGACAGAGAGAGCGAUUGAAGAACCGGAUCCCAGGAGAUCAGCCGAGAUGAAGAGAAUGGUUAAUGCUAUGUGAUCGCCUUGUGCUUGCUUCUUUUGUCAACCGAUCAGUAAACUUGAAUCAUUUCUCAUUUAGAAACAAAUAGCAGCAUUCAAGAGGCCCAGGAAGACUUCAUAUUUGUCCUUUGGAACUGGUCUGUUGAUUGUGUCUGGCAGUAGAAAAUGUUUGUUCGGUAGCUAUAUAUGCAAGUUUCUGUAAAACCAUUGUUGGUGUUUAUUUCAAAACACAUGUUGGUGAGUUAAUUCUGAGCCGAACAUAAUCAGGUGCUGAAUGAAUACUGGUCUUAAUUAUAUUCGUUCAGUGUACGGUAUAAACCUCGACCGGGCUUAGCAGAAUGGUUAGAAUUCUUAUAUUAGACCACAAUACAUUGUUGCUGAGGAAUUCUAAGUUUUCGAUUUGCA